GCAGGGAGGGAGGGAGCGGCGGGCGGGCAUCCACCGAGCGCCCGCAGCCCGCGGGGCGCCGGCCUUCUCGGAGCCUGGGGCGGGCCGCGAUGCGAGCGGCGGCGCGGUGAAGCGGGGCCGCGGCGGGGGAAGGAGAGGGCAGACCCCGGGCGGCGGGCCUGCGCUAGCCGUGCCCCGGCGGCAGCCGAGAGAAGCCGGGCUGCGCGGCGCCCCGUUGCCGCCUCCUCCCGCCCGCCCUGCGCUCACCCCCUCCCCCCCGGAGCCGCUCCCUCGCCGCCUCCCUUUCCCCUGCUCCAUCCCUUUCCUCGGCUCCAUCCCCUCCCCGCUGGAUGAGGCGGCCCCUUCCCCGCUGCUGACCCCUGCGGACCCCGGCUGUAGGAUGAGCCCGAAGGACUCGGAGGGGGCGAGGCCGCUCCGCUCCCCGAGGAGGAUCUAGUGGGGGGGCACCGACGCGACGCCGCCCCCCGCCAGGCACCUCGUCCUUCAUGGUGGCUCCCUGCGACCACCAUCUCGGAGCAGACGCGCAGCCCGGGGCCCGUGUGUGUGUCUGUGCGCGCCGCCGCCGCGGCCGCCCGAGUGAGGGAAAAUGUCCACUCGGACUCCAUUGCCCACGGUGAACGAGCGCGACACCGAGAACGAUGUCGGCUCAUCAUUGGGGGAAGGCUUUUGCGAAAAGCACACGUCCCAUGGAGACGGACGGCAGGAAGUUUCCUCUCGAACUGGGCGCUCUGGAGCUCGCUGCAGGAACUCCAUAGCCUCCUGUGCCGAUGAGCAGCCGCAUAUUGGAAAUUACAGACUCCUUAAAACCAUUGGAAAGGGGAAUUUUGCAAAAGUGAAACUGGCAAGGCACAUCCUAACUGGCAGAGAGGUUGCCAUAAAAAUAAUUGACAAAACACAGCUGAACCCAACUAGUCUACAAAAGCUCUUUAGAGAAGUAAGAAUAAUGAAGAUCUUAAAUCAUCCAAAUAUAGUGAAGCUAUUUGAAGUAAUUGAAACUGAAAAAACUCUCUAUUUAAUAAUGGAAUAUGCAAGUGGGGGGGAGGUGUUUGACUAUCUGGUUGCACAUGGAAGAAUGAAGGAAAAGGAGGCUAGAGCUAAAUUUAGACAGAUAGUAUCUGCAGUGCAGUAUUGCCAUCAAAAGCAUAUUGUUCAUAGAGAUCUCAAGGCUGAAAAUCUAUUGCUAGACGCAGAUAUGAACAUUAAAAUAGCUGACUUUGGUUUUAGCAAUGAGUUUACAGUUGGAAAUAAACUGGACACCUUUUGUGGCAGCCCACCAUAUGCUGCUCCAGAGCUCUUUCAAGGGAAGAAGUAUGAUGGACCCGAAGUAGAUGUUUGGAGUUUAGGUGUUAUUCUUUAUACUCUUGUGAGUGGAUCUCUUCCCUUCGAUGGACAGAACUUAAAGGAACUUAGAGAAAGAGUGCUAAGGGGAAAAUACAGGAUUCCUUUCUACAUGUCCACAGACUGUGAAAACCUCCUCAAACGUUUCCUGGUGCUAAACCCAACAAAAAGAGGCACUCUAGAGCAAAUCAUGAAGGACAGGUGGAUCAAUGCAGGGCAUGAGGAGGAUGAACUUAAACCUUUUGUUGAACCAGAAUUAGACAUCUCGGACCAGAAAAGAAUAGAUAUUAUGGUAGGAAUGGGAUAUUCUCAAGAAGAAAUUCAAGAAUCUCUUAGUAAAAUGAAGUAUGAUGAAAUCACAGCUACAUACUUACUGCUAGGAAGGAAGUCAUCAGAGUUGGAUGCAAGUGAUUCAAGCUCCAGCAGCAAUCUUUCACUUGCCAAAGUUAGGCCAAGUAGUGAUCUUAAUAAUAGCACUGGACAAUCUCCUCAUCACAAAGUUCAGAGAAGCAUAUCUUCUAGCCAGAAACAGCGGCGGUACAGUGAUCACGCUGGACCAUCCAUCCCCUCAGUAGUGGCAUAUCCCAAAAGAAGCCAGACUAGUACUACAGACAGUGACCUCAAAGAGGAAGGAAUUCAGUCAAGAAAAUCCAGCAGUAGUGCUGUUGCAGGAAGAGGAAUUGCACCAGCUAGCCCAAUGCUUGGAAAUGCCAGCAAUCCCAAUAAGGCUGAUAUUCCUGAACGUAAGAAAAGUUCGGCUGUCCCUAGUAAUAAUACUACCCCUGGAGCAAUGACACGGCGCAACACAUAUGUUUGUAGUGAAAGAACCACUGCUGAUAGGCAUUCAGUGAUACAAAAUGGCAAGGAGAACAGCCUGACAGAAAUGUUCGCUUACGCAGCUAGCCCUGCUUCAGUUUGUACCACAUCCUUCUCCAGUGUUCGGCUGCGACAUCAGAAGUCGAUGUCCAUGUCAGCCUCUGUGCACACGAAGAUGAUGUUGCCUCCAAUAGACAAUGGCGCAGAUAACUUCAGGCCUAUAGGAACGGCCAGCCGGAGCACGUUCCACGGGCAGCUGCGCGAGCGCCGCACCGCCACCUACAACGGCCCGCCCGCCUCGCCCAGCCUGUCCCACGAGGCCACGCCGCUCUCACAGACCCGCACCAGGGGCUCCACUAACCUCUUUAGCAAAUUAACUUCUAAACUAACGAGAAGAAACAUGUCAUUCAGGUUUAUCAAAAGGCUCCCGACUGAAUAUGAGAGGAACGGGAGAUUUGAGGGCUCAAGCCGCAAUGUAGCUGUGGAUCAGAAGGAUGAGAACAAGGAAGCCAAGCCUCGGUCGCUGCGUUUUACCUGGAGCAUGAAAACCACCAGCUCCAUGGAUCCCAAUGACAUGAUGAGGGAAAUACGAAAGGUCCUGGAUGCCAAUAAUUGUGACUAUGAACAAAGAGAGCGUUUCUUGCUUUUCUGUGUCCAUGGAGAUGGGCACGCAGAAAACCUUGUCCAGUGGGAAAUGGAGGUGUGUAAACUGCCAAGACUGUCCCUGAAUGGAGUUCGCUUUAAGCGGAUAUCGGGAACAUCCAUAGCUUUCAAAAACAUUGCUUCCAAAAUUGCCAAUGAGUUAAAGCUGUAACAAGAAAAAAUAGUUAAGUUGUAAAUUAGUUAGCAAUUUAAAGUGUUUUUGAGAAUUCCGAUGGAAAUGUAUAGAAUAACAUUUAGGCAAUAACUUCUGCAUCCUUCUGAAUAGUGAUAUUAAAAAAAAAAAGCUGCUGAGCUGGGAGGGAGAGUUGGACUUUUUUAUAAGUGCACUACAGCAUUAAAGUUGCCUACUAUGUAAAAUAUUACCCCUUCUGCUUUAUUUCCAUUGCUCCUAAGUCUUUGACAACAAAUUGAAACACAGAAUAUAUUCAUUUAAAUAUGCCUCCUGUUUGUGUGGAUGUGUGAAUGUACAGUAUGUGUGUAUAAUAUAUAAAGUAUUAUAUGUAAACAAUUAAUUUACAACAUUGAGCUGUACCAGUACCUCUUUUUGGGCUAAUUUUGGUGCUAAAAAUUGAAAUGGCCAAGGAGGAAACACUUGAGUUAAUAUUUAAAAUGACUGAAGAGAUAACCAGUAAACACAGGUUUACAGUUCACUGCUGUGUUAAGAAAAGUGUGUGAAGGGUUUGGAUUUAUGGUUGUGAACAUUAUUAGUCCUGUUUUCUAAGUAGAUCUCAUGAGAUGAUUAAAAAUUCACUUUUACUGAGUAA